ACAAAACGCAGUGAGACAGUUGCGGCGGAUCGGACGGUGGGUGGACGAUGAUGACGCUGGGUGUGUUUGUGCUUGUGCUUGUGCUUGGAGUGGUAGUGGCGUGGUGCGUGGGGAGGGUGGUGGAUGUGCUGUUGGGGAUCCGUGCGCGGCAAGCGGAGCUUGGUCAAGGAGAGAUUACAAACACAAGCAAGCAAGCACGCAGCCGCACUGCUCUGCCAACACAGUGCUCGACACUCAUCGUGCUCGGAUCAGGUGGACAUACCAUGGAGAUGCUGAAGCUGCUGCGGGCAGCGAGUGAGGACAGCAAACCAAACAAACGGUUGUACCCCAGGCACUACGUUGUCGCUCAAACAGAUGCACAUAGCAGAGAAAAGGCAGUCAACUUUGAACAGCAACAGAGCACAGUUUCCAAGGGGGUACAUUUUCAUGCGAUAUCGCGCAGCCGCGAAGUGGGGCAGUCGUACAUGACAUCUGUGGUGUCAACCCUACGCGCCCUGAUUGACAGCUUUCCGUUGCUGCUUCGUACACAACCACAACUGAUCCUCGUCAACGGGCCUGGGUCGUGUGUGCCCGUGUGCAUCGCCGCUUUUGUUUUGAAGGUGCUUGGGCUGAACGAUGCAACCAUCGUCUAUGUGGAGAGCAUAUGCCGUGUCACCACGCUAUCCCUCUCCGCAAAGCUGCUGCAGUGGUUUGUCGACACGUGUGUCGUGAGAUGGCCCGAACUGGGAAACGGCCGAUGUGUUGCCAUUCCACCAUCAUCAUUGUCGUCGCCAACAUCAACAGCGGCAGCGGCGGCGUUGUAGAAACCCACUUGCCCAGCUCGAUUGCACACAUCAUAUCUGGCAACUGUCCAUCAUCAUGGACACGCCCGAAACAAGACACGCUCACAAAGGAAAAGGAGAAUGAAUCAACAUGCUGUCGAAUAAGAAGCAACCAAUCACACACACACACACACACACACAGAGAGGGAAACCGUGACAGUCACGCACAAACACACACACGCAUACAACGCAAACGCAC